CAUUAAAGAUUCUUGAAUACAAUUUUAAGGAAAGAACAUUCUCCGAACAAACCAAGGUGAAAAUAUUUCAUAGUUUGUUCUAACGUAGAGGUUAUAGUUUCCCAUAAGCAAUGUUUAAUGGUGAUGGCCAAGGAACACAAAAUCUAUAGGAUUUUUAGAAUAUUUUCUCCGAAAGAAUCCAUGUUAAAAUUUUAAGAAUGUCGGUGCCCAUAAGAUUCUCUAUCUUUCCCAAUAAAUUGAUGAAAAAUAAUUUUCUUGGGUUUUGAAAUAAUGGCACUAUCUCCUCCAUCUUCUUCUCUUUUUUUAAAGCUUCUCACAAUCUUAUCACUUUUGUUCACGCACGCCACUUGCUGGACGAAAUUGCCCUUUCACCCUCGCGAUGUUCUUCCUUUGUUGCCCCGACAGGUCGCGUGGCCAAUAUUGAACUCCCUCAACGGCCCGGUGGACUUGCUGCCGGCUUUUGUGGGUUCCGUCUCGUCAGUAAACGACUCCGUUGAGUGGAAGGGUGCUUGCUUUUAUGAGAACCAGGCGUGGAUGGAGUUUCAUAACAAGUCUGCCUCUGAGUUCGGCGGUGGGACUCUUCAUAUCAAGGUUACCAAAGCUCAUAGUUGGACAUGCAUGGAUCUUUAUGUCUUUGCAACUCCUUACCGUGUGUCUUGGGAUUACUAUUUUUUGUCCCGGGAGCAUACUUUUGAAUUCAAUGAGUGGGAAGGGAAAGCUGAGUAUGAAUAUGUGAAAAACAAGGGAGUUUCAAUUUUCCUCAUGCAAGCUGGGAUGCUUGGGACCCUUGAAGCUCUAUGGGAUGUCUUUCCUCUGUUUACUAAUACUGGAUGGGGUGAGAGCUCCAAUAUUGGGUUUCUCCAAAAGCACAUGGGAGCUAACUUUGAAGAGCGCCGUAAGCCCUGGGUUACAAACAUUAGUGUUGAAGACAUUAAAUCGGGUGAUUUCCUUGCAAUUUCAAAGAUCCGUGGUAGGUGGGGAGGUUUUGAGACUUUGGAGAAGUGGGUCAGUGGAUCUUACGCUGGUCAUUCUGCUGUUUGCUUAAGGGAUUCUGAAGGGAAGCUAUGGGUUGGUGAAUCAGGGCAUGAAAAUGACCAGGGUGAAGAUGUAAUUGCAGUGUUACCGUGGGAUGAAUGGUGGGAAUUUGAACUGAAUAAGGAUGAUUCCAAUCCCCAUAUAGCACUGCUUCCUUUGCAUCCUGACAUUCGAGCAAAGUUUAAUGAGACCGCUGCAUGGGAGUACGCUUUAAGCAUGGCUGGAAAACCUUACGGUUAUCAUAACCUGAUAUUUAGCUGGAUAGAUACUAUAGAUGACAAUUAUCCACCCCCCUUGGAUGCUCAUCUGGUUGCUUCUGUUAUGACCGUAUGGAACCACAUACAGCCUGCAUAUGCUGCAAACAUGUGGAAUGAAGCCUUGAACAAGCGACUUGGAACUCAGGAUCUCGAUCUUCCUGAUUUAUUAGUGGAAACUGAAAGGCGCGGGUUAUCCUUUGAUGAACUGCUGACGAUACCUGAGCAGGAUGAUUGGGUUUAUAGUGAUGGGAAGUCAACAUCAUGUAUUGCAUUCAUUCUUGAAAUGUAUAAGGAGGCAGGAUUGUUUGGUCCAAUUGCUAGCUCUAUUCAAGUCACCGAGUUUACGAUUAAAGAUGCCUACAUUCUCAAGUUUUUUGAGAAUAAUUCAAGCCGUCUGCCAAAGUGGUGCAAUGAUAACGAUGACGUGAAGCUCCCUUAUUGUCAGAUUAAAGGAAAGUAUCGUAUGGAAUUACCUGGAUACAAUACAUUGGACCCAUAUCCUCAUAUGAAUGAAAGGUGUCCAACUCUGCCCCCACAAUACGCCAGAAUGAAGAACUGCUGAACAGCUCCAACUCAUAGCCUCAUUGGAAUGACAGGUGUCAAUCUCUGCCACUUAGAUACUCCAGGCAAGAGGACUGCUGAACAGCUUCAAUUUGAUUUUUCCUUGGAAUUGGUUCAAUUAUGGUUGAUGUGAUACCAGUUUUUGUACGGAUAUCCAAUAUAUGUGUUGACUGCUAGAAUGUUAGGAAAUAUGCCGAAAGGGUACAGGCUUGACUACUAAUGUAUAUACAGUGAUAGGAAUUCAAGAGACCACCCUAGCUAUCAAAUCUUUAGACAAUGUAAACAUUAGAAGAUUAAUUGUAAUUACAUAGUUUCCCA